UCCUUUGUUAAAACUAUUUAAGAAAUAAUUUAAUUGUAUUUUAAUUCCACUUAUUUUUUCUCAGGAGUGUGUGGAUCCCCUUGACCUAAGAAAACUGGUGUCCAUUUCAAUGGAUGGGCCCAAUGUGAAUUUUAAAUGUUUUGAACUCUUCCAACAAGAGCUCGCAGAAAGGUAUGGAGGUUUUCAGCUUGUUGCUGUGGGGAGCUGUGGACUCCACACGUUACAUAAUGCAGUCAAAAGUGGCUUUUCCAUAUGGCAAGUGGAAAAACUACUAAGAGCCAUGCACACAUUAUUCCAUAAUGUGCCGGCAAGAAGAGAGGACUGCUGUGACCAAGUCCAUUAUUUUUCCUUUAUCUUUCUGUGGUCAUCGAUGGCUUGAAAACCAGCCUGUUAUAGAGAGGGCUCUUGAAGUUUGGCCAUCACGUACAAAGUAUAUAGAUGCAGUGAGAAGAAAAAAACUACCAAACCCUGGGACAGCAUCUUUUGACACAGUGGAGGAUGCCAUGAAAGACACACUAACAGAGGCCAAGUUAUACUUCUCCUUGACUGUUGCCAGGCUUUUCAGUCCCUUUUUGAAGAAGUAUCAAACAGAUGAGCCAGUGAUGCCCUUCCUCAGCAAUGACCUGGCUGAGCUGAUCAAGAGCCUCCUGAGACGCUUUGUUAGGGGAGAUAUCCUACAAGACAUCACCACACUGCAGCUAACAAAACUGGAUGUGGCUGACAAGAACAACUGGCUCCAACUAAAGGAUGUUGACAUCGGCUUGGGUGCUAAGUCAGUCCUCAAGAGCAGAAUAAUUGUUGAGCUCAGAGUCCUUGAGUUUAAAAGAGACUGCACGCAGGGACUUUCAAACAUCGUCAGGAAAAUACAGGAGAAGAGCCCUCUCAAAUAUGCUACAGUUAGGCAGAUGGCGUGUCUGAACCCCUCUGUCAUGUUCAGAGACCCAGACAAGUGCAAGAGGCAGAUGAAAUGUCUUGUUCAGACAUUUCUGCAAGACAAUCAACUGACGGAGGUGUUUCAGAUGUCAGACUAA